CAAACACGUGCAAGCAAUGGUGAGGUACUCGUGAUACUAUAGCUCUGCUACCAUGUCCGAGUCAUCGGGUUACAGAGCAGACAGUUCGGGAGAUGGGAAGGAGAAGAAGAAUGCGACCAAGCGAGAUGCCUUCGCGGAGCUAAUGUCCACGAAAAGCAAGCAGCGCAAAUCCACAUCGACAUCCACCAAAACCGACACCACCACCACCACCGCCACCACCACCACUCCAACCUCAAAACGAAGAGCCAUCGGGGGUCCCCGCGACGGACUCGGCGCCUACAUCGCCAACCCAACGGCCUACCCCCCGACCACCGUAAUUUACCACAACGACUCCUUCGUCGCAGUCCGCGACCUCUUCCCCAAAUCCACGCUACACCUGCUCCUCCUGCCGCGCGACCCCACCAAGACCCGGCUGCACCCGUUCGACGCGCUCGCCGACGGGGAAUUCCUGGACAAGGUGCGGGCAGAGACGCACCGGCUGCGCGCGCUGGCCGCGGGCGAGCUGCGCCGCCUGCACGGGCGGUUCUCGGCGCAGGAGGCGGCGCGGCGGGCGGCGCUGGACUGCAACCCCCCGCCGGCGGAGCUGCCGCGCGGGCGCGACUGGGAGCGCGAGCUCAUGUGUGGGAUCCACGCGCAUCCGUCCAUGAACCAUCUGCACGUCCAUGUCCUCUCCGUGGACCGGUACAGCGACCGGCUGAAGCAUCGGAAGCACUACAAUAGUUUCUCUACGCCGUUCUUCGUGCCCAUCGACGACUUCCCGCUGGCGGAGGAUGAUCCCCGGCGCAGGCCGGAUGAGAUGGGGUAUCUGCGCCGGGACUUUGUCUGCUGGCGCUGUGGGCUGGGGUUUGGGAAUCGGUUUGCCGAGCUCAAGGCGCACCUCGCGGAGGAGUUUGACGCUUGGAGGCAGUUAUAA